CUCCAAUAUAAUUCAACUCUCUGAUUUUUAAAAUAAUCAUCAAAUCCAAAUCCAUCUGGCGAACAUUAUUUCGCUUGAUGAAUGAAUUAACGUAAAUAUUAUCUAAAAAAAAAGCGUUGCUGAAGUGAUGCUUCCACGUCUUCAAAAAAAAAAAAAAAGAAUCUCUCUUUUUAAAACUCUUUCUUCCUCAUCCUCUAAAAAGCUUUGAUCUUUCCUCUCUGGGUCCUCCCAAUUUGAGCUAACUUACCCAAAGCUUCGAUCUUUUCUUCCUGGGUCGUCGUGAUCUGACCUAACUCAGCCAAAGUCGCGAUCUUUCUUCUCUGGGUCGUCGCCGGAGAUCAUGGGCAACUGUUUCGCCAAGAACUAUGGAUUAGUGAAGCCUCAGCAAAACGGUCAGACCAGAUCAGUUGAAGAUCCGCCGUCGUAUACUCCACAGACGAGAACCCAAACGCCGGAGAAACCACCCUCCGGGACCAACCAACCGCCGCCGUGGAGAACGGCGUCAGCGCCAAGCCCCAAAGCGUCAAAGAGCAACAACUCGAUUCUAGAGAACGCCUACGAAGACGUGAAGCUCUUCUACACGCUGGGGAAGGAGCUAGGGAGAGGGCAGUUCGGUGUCACGUAUCUCUGCACGGAGAACUCCACAGGGAAGAAGUACGCUUGCAAGUCCAUCUCCAAGAAGAAGCUGGUGACGAAAGCUGAUAAGGAUGAUAUGAGGAGAGAGAUUCAGAUCAUGCAGCAUUUGAGUGGGCAGCCUAAUAUUGUGGAGUUUAAAGGGGCUUAUGAGGAUGAGAAGGCGGUGAAUCUGGUGAUGGAGCUUUGUGCUGGUGGUGAGUUGUUUGAUAGGAUUAUUGCAAAGGGGCAUUAUAGUGAGAGAGCGGCUGCUUCUGUGUGUAGACAGAUUGUGAAUGUUGUCAAGAUUUGUCAUUUCAUGGGUGUGUUGCAUAGAGACUUGAAGCCUGAGAAUUUCUUGCUUUCUAGUAAAGAUGAUAAGGCUUUGAUUAAGGCUACUGAUUUUGGCUUGUCUGUCUUCAUUGAAGAGGGGAAAGUGUAUAGAGAUAUUGUUGGGAGUGCAUACUAUGUAGCUCCUGAAGUGUUACGUCGUAGAUAUGGGAAAGAAGUUGAUAUAUGGAGUGCUGGAAUCAUAUUGUACAUUCUACUCAGUGGUGUACCUCCUUUUUGGGCUGAAACCGAGAAAGGGAUAUUUGAUGCUAUAUUGGAAGGUCAUAUCGACUUUGAAAGCCAACCAUGGCCAUCAAUCUCCAACAGUGCCAAAGAUUUGGUGCGUAGAAUGUUGACUGCUGAUCCGAAAAGGCGGAUCUCUGCUGCUGAUGUUCUUGAGCAUCCAUGGCUUAGAGAAGGUGGUGAAGCAUCGGACAAGCCUAUUGACAGUGCUGUUCUCUCAAGGAUGAAGCAGUUUAGAGCAAUGAAUAAGCUUAAGAAACUUGCUUUAAAGGUCAUUGCGGAGAAUAUUAACACAGAAGAGAUUCAAGGAUUGAAGGCAAUGUUUGCGAACAUAGACACAGACAACAGUGGGACAAUCACAUAUGAAGAACUGAAAGAAGGUUUAGCCAAAUUGGGAUCUAAACUCACAGAAACAGAAGUGAAACAGCUCAUGGAUGCUGCUGAUGUUGAUGGGAAUGGGUCAAUAGACUACAUUGAGUUUAUUACUGCAACAAUGCAUAGACACAGGCUUGAAAGUGAUGACAAUCUUUACAAAGCUUUCCAGCAUUUUGACAAAGAUGGCAGCGGGUAAGUGAACUGCUUUCUUCUCAGUUAUUUUUGUUGAUGUAUUUAUAAGAAAAAGAUGGUGAGUCCUCUUUGGCAUUGAUGCAGAUAUAUUACAAUAGACGAGCUGGAAGUGGCAUUGAAGGAAUAUGGAAUGGGAGAUGAUGCAACAAUCAAAGAGGUUCUCUCAGAUGUUGACUCUGAUAACGUAAGUUAAACAUCUCUCUCUUCUUCUUUUUCUUCUUUCAAGAUAACUAGCCUUAGUCCA